AUGCCCGUCAUCUCCGGAUGCCAGGCCCCAAUCUACUCCGACCGGCACCGGAUCUGCGCCUCCCCGUGCUCACGGCAGCCGCGCCGACACGAACGCCUGACUCCCACACUGUUCCACGGGCCACGCGCGCCGUGCUGCCUCGCCUCAUCCACAACCGUGGCUCUGGUUUUCCCCUUCGCUCCAUAUGAAGUGAGCAUGGACGGGAAGCCGUACCUGAGGAAGGUGGACGUGGCGUCGUAUGACGACUACGACGAGCUCGCGGAGGCGCUCAGUGAGAUGUUUUGCUACUGCUCAAUCAGGCUGAUGGACAUGUAUGGCGACCUGGAGCAUGCCAUGGUGUUUGAGGACAGCGAUAGCAACUGGAUGCUGUUGAUGUGCCGUGGGAGUAAGCACCCUUGCUGA